AUGCCCACGAAUCAAAAUCAAAAAGGUGCCAGUUGGGCUGAACUACCGUUAUCCUUCAGGAUAGGAGUAGCUAGUCUUUUGAAUAGAAAAUUAUCUCUUCAACUGUGUUCCAAAGAAGACCAAGACGUAGUGCUCAAGAGCCGAUUCGACUUAAAAACUCUUGCCGUCCGUGGUCAUUAUGACGAGAAUGCAAACUUCGAGUUGUCUCGUUUUGAUAUCACUUCAAGUGUUACUGCUCCUAAUUGGCGGACAUAUUCGAACAAGAAAAAAUUGAUGAGAUCCUCAGCAAUCAACGAGUUUAUGAGAAUAUUUCGGACAGGGUCUCAUGUCCAGGAGCUCCAUCUGACAAGAGGGAGGACCAUGAACAACUUCUUGGAAAGCCUUUUGAAUCAACUACGAGAGGAACAAAUUGUGAACAAAAAGAAGUUGAAAAUCAGGGUUAAGGAGAUUUGUUGGAGUGGUUCAAUUCUCAAGGAGUACACCAAUUUCCUGAAUUUUCUGAGAUACGUUUCUCCCUCUCAUCUAGAGAAGAUUACGUUCGAGACCCACGAAAUUCCAAUGGCGGCUGUGAAGGAGCUUGUGCAAACCGAGCAAUUCGAGUCGCUGAAAAAUAUUGUAAUAUUCGCAACAAUCAAUGUUUCAUUGGAUUCAUUCCUUAAUCUUGAUUCGAUGGACUUGACAUACCCAACACUCUGUCCAAAGGAUGGAAUCAGGCUUGUUGAGAAAUAUCUGAAAGAUCCUCUACCGAUCGAUAGUUGUUUUAACAUUAACUCUGAACAAAAGUUGCCGGAGUCAUUUAAAGAAAGAAUGUUUGAUUUAAUGGGACUGCCCAAUACAGUAGAUGCAAGGAAGUCGAUAAGCAGAAACAGAGACUUCCAUAUUAUGAAGUUUGAUGUGAAUGCUGACACAGUAUUUCUCUUGAAAAUUGAUGAAUUUUCCAUUUUUGGGGUCACAGUUUCGAAAAAUUUCAUCAAUGGAUGGCGAAAAGACUUGGCAGUAUUUGUAUGUUUACGAAUCGAUGGAUAUGACUUUUAUGAUUCAUAA